AUGCGUCGUUUGAAUCAAGCGAGGAAUCGUAGGGUACGGGAGCUAAGCGGCCUUUCAGGAAUUUCCAAGAGUGAAUUGUGGACUGCGCUCGUCGUCUUGCUCCUGGCCUGCGCCGCUCGUGGCGCACGCGGUUAUGAUGCCAACGGAUCUUCCAUCAUGAACGGCAAUGGCAGCAGCAGGAGUCACGUCAUCACGCACCGCACCGGCAGCACCACCGAUGUCGUCACGCACGGCAACCGCAGCAGCAGUGACAUCGUCAUGCGUGGCCACGGCAGCACGGGGCAUCGGAGGCAGCUGCAGCUGGUGGGGCAGGUGAAGGCCUUUGAAGCCGAGCUGCAGUAUUACUCGGGUCAUCAGGUGAGUGCUACGUGCCUGCGCCCAUCAGGUGAGUGCCACGUGCCUGUGCCCAUCAGGACUCACCGCGAGCGGGCCAACCUGCUAGUCGAGCCGCUAGGCUUUGCGUUCAACUCGUCCAAUCAGCAGCGCGUGCUGCUGCACUACCUCGAGCACGACCCCAAUGCCCCGCAGCUGAUGCAGCUGCAGAACGUGUAUGUGACGGCCAAGGGGACUGUGUUCAACCGCACUCAUAGCUUUGUGCGCCCGGGAUGCGGCCGCUUCAAUGAGAUCUCCUUCUCAGCAGAGCAGCAGGUGCACGUGCUGCCGGCUGCGUUCAGCUGGGCGUACUCGCAAGGCUUCAACUUCUACCACUUCAUUGUCGAGACAAUGCCUCUCUUCCUCGUUGCCGCACCGCUGCUGCCGCGCCUCCUGCCCUCCAUCCCUAUCAUCGCUGAAGACAUGCAGUGGGACGCGUACAAGCGCUUCGGCGAGGUGCUGAUAGGAGUGAAGUACGGUGCAAUGCGGUCGCUGCCCCUCGUAAAGGCAGACCUCUUCUUUGUUCACACUCUCUACGAGCCCAUGACUCAGGACUGUGGCAAUCCCUCCACGCUGCUCUGGCAGUCCCUCAGGCGCACCCACCUGCUGCACCCACGCGGCCUGCCUCUCUUCCGCCCCGACUGGUCCUACCAACCGCCACAGCCGCUGUCGCCGCAGCAGGCGCAGGCGCUGCCGCCCGACUGGGUGGUGGUGCUGGCGAAGCGCCUCUCUAAGAAGCGAUCCAUUAGUAACUUUAACGAGGUGCAGGCGGUGGUGGAGAGGAUGUUUCCCAAAGAGAGGAUCGUGCUCUUCACUGGGUCGCUCACGGUUCUCGAAGCUCGGGACUUGUUUCGCCGCACCCGGCUCUUCAUAGCGGGGCAUGGUGCAGCACUGACCAAUCUGGUCUUCAUGCCAGAAAGGGCAUCAGUGCUGGAGAUAAGGCCCGAUAAAUGCGCUGUCCUCGCAACUUGUUCCGUCAAGCACGGCUCUUCAUAG